AGUCUAGAAUUAGAUAUUUGUAUUUUGUAUCAUUAUUCUAUGUUUUUGGGUGUUAAUAUUUGAAAAUAUUACAUUUUACGUUGCACUAAAACACAUUUUGAGAACGGCACCUGUUCGAAAAUGAAAUACGUCUGUGGUCUGUCGUAUAAUUCGUAAAUCAUUCAUGAAAACCGUGCGGAUAAUGUACCAAAGGUAGUAUCUUAUUGAUUUUUCGUUACCUCGCGAGGUGGUUAUUGAAACAGCAAAAUAAACAAACUGCACAUGAUAAGACUCGUAAAUUUUGAAUAUUAUGCCAACAUUAAUAAUUUAAUUUGAUUUAAUUUGAUUGCACAUCGUAGGUACGGUAGUAGAUUUUUGUAUAACAAUAUAAUAUUAUUGUAAGAUUGCACACAUUAAUAUACACAGUAAAAAUGAAGAAAAUGUUGAAAUUAGUAAAAGGGGGGAAAAAAGAGGAUAAAAGUGGCUCAGGCACGCCUUCAGGCGAUGAACUAGAAGACGAAACGGACAGUACAAUGUUCUGCUAUAAAAUUGACUCUGAAGCCGAGGACAAAAUGAGUCGAUUACACAGGGCUUCAUGGCAUGGCAGCCUAGAAAAAGUCAAGACAUUGUUGCAAAAGAAACCAAUGGACGUGAACACUGUGGACAGCUUUGACAGAACGCCAUUGCACUUGGCAAUGGCCAAAGGUUACUAUAACAUUGCUUGGGUGCUGUUGAAUCAUAAUGCUAGCUUAGAUUAUGUUGAUUGCGAUGGGUACACACCGUUCUUGAAGGCUGUAGAAUGCGGCCAAAAAGAAUGUGUUCAUUUAAUGUUGGAGAGAGGGGCAGAUAUAACAUGCACAGACACAAAUAAAAAUUCUGCUUUACACUUAGCUGCAAAACAGGGUUCAUUCACUAUAAUAUCUAUGUUACUUAAAAAAGGAAUUAAUAUAAAUGCACAAAAUGCUGCAGGUGAAUCCGUUUUACAUGUUGCAUGUGCUGCUGAAAAUCGUGAUUUAAUAGAGUUUAUAUUAGAUAAUGGGGCACUAAUAAACAUAGCAGAUAAACAAGGACGUACACCAUUAAUGGUGGUAGCAAAACUUGGAAAUAUGUCUAUUGUAGACCUGUUAUUGGAUCGAGGAAGUCAACUUGAUGCUUGUGAUAUAAAUGGCUUAUCUGUGAAAGAUUAUGCUGCUAAGGAAGGUCAUUCUAAAGUAGUGAAUCAACUAUCUAUGCAAAAAAUGAGUGUAAUGGCCCGAACUAGAUCAAAGGAAAAUGUUUUAGAUAAUUUGGACCAGAACGAUGGUGCUGAAUUACAAGAAAAUAAUGAUAAUUCAAAUAAUCAAAAAAUUGUUGAUGCUCAAAUUAUAGUUCUUAGAGAAGAAGACAAAAUAAUAAAAUCAAAUGUCGAGGAUAAUCAAAAUGAUGAAGAAUAUGUGGCUUUUAAUUCUACAGUUGAAAAUGAUAACAAUUUAAAAAUUAAAAAACUGGAUGUUGAAGAGGUAGAAAAUAAGAAGGAAAAUCUGACCUUAAAUUGUAAAGUUAAUCAUCCUGACGAGUUAAAAACAAACAAAUUAGAUACUGAAAAUAAUCAGAGUGAAGAGAAAAUAGUAACUUUGAACUCUCCGGAUAAUGAAAAUGAAAUAAAUGAUAGCUCUGUAGAAAGAGAAAAAGAAGUAAUUGAGAAAAAUAAAUUAGUUUUUGAAACCAAAAAUACAUCUAUAGUAAAUGUUUUACCAGUUAAAGAUGAAGAAUCAGUAUCUCAAUGCACAAUGCCUCCACUAUUAGAUCCACCUAGAAGUUGGGAUUUUAUACAGACAAGCAUAAUACACACUACAGAUAUAAACGAAAAAGCUGAAAAAGAAACUCAAGAAAGUAUUGAGCAAAUCCCUGAUCCAAUUGUGUGUGCAGUAAACACAGAUGAUUCAGAGUUUGAAUGGGGAAGUGAUGAAAGCCUUCCAACUGAUCCUAAUCAAUCCUGUCCAGCUGUAGACGAUAAGAAAGAAGAAAAUAAAAAAAUGAAUACAUUUUAUAAUUUUAUAACUACAAAGUUAAUGAACAAAACAAAAAAUAGAGUUUCUGCAUCAGCAGACAAUAUCAUUGAUGAUACUACUACUAAAAAACAUGUGAGGAAUAAGUCUUUCACUUCACUAAGGACUUUUAAACUCACUGUUCCGUCAGAUGUAAACAAAGCAUUAUAUCAGCUUAGUCCAGAGAUGAACUUUGCACAUUCUUCAUUUAGUAAAAGCAAAUCUUUUAAUGAACAAAUACCCAUCGAAAAUGUUGAAAAAAAUUCUUUAGAAUUUGAACGUUCUAAGUCAUUGUGUUUGGAAUUAAAACAUACUUAUGAUAUAACCGAGAAUCAGCAGAGAGAUUCAGAUAGCCAAAGUGAUGAUAGUUUACGUUCAAAAAGAAGCCUUUUGUUAUCCAUGCGAAUGCCUAAAGUUCACGAUGAACAUCAUGAUGACUAUCAUUUAGAUAUCAAGGACAGUGAAACAUCUGAAGACGAGGGCCCACAUUAUUGGUACAGUCCAAAUAAAAAAAAUGAUAAAAUAGUGCAACAAGACACUGUUAUUCGAAACUACAGUGAAUCAGAUAGCGAAUCUGACGAAAUUGGUUUACCAAAAUCUAAGUCAACUCCUGAAGGAAUUUCUAAAGAACAUAAUACGUCAGAUAAUUCCGAUACAGAAAAUACAAUAUCAUUUUCAACUAGCCAUGAGGAUAUUUAUGGAACUCAUAAACGCACUAGAUAUGCUUUAAAAAGAACUGAAUCUCUUAAAGCAUACCUAAAGAGAGUAACUAUUGAUAAAGACAGAUUACAACAAGAAUCAUCUGGCUAUAGAGAAAUAACAGAGCUGUUAAAAUACAAGUUGGAAAAUCUUAAACAAGAUAUUUCCAGUAAAAAUGAAGCAACUAAGAGACUUGAGGAACAAUUAGAUCAAUUAGAUGCUAAAUACACAGAAACUUUAAACAGGAUUCAAACACUUGAACUGUCUUCAACAAAUUUAGAUAAAGAAAACCAAUACCUCAAAAAAAUAAAUAAAGAGAUGAUGGAUAAAAUUAACAAUGAAUGUACUUCUAACAAUAUACAAAACUCAGUAGAAAUAUUAACUCAACUGGAAUCUGGCAAUCGUAUUGAUCAAACUGAUGAUGUGAGUAAAAUGGAUAGCAAAACCAUUAUAAGACAGCUGCAAGAACAAUUAAAACUGGAACAGGAUAGACGAAUAGAACUUGAUGAACGCGUUAAACUUUUAUCUGUAGAGGUUAAUGCACAUCAGUCAUGUAGUUCAACCGUGGAAUUACUGAGGGAAUUACAAUUAAAAAUUAACAAAGAUUAUGUACCCAAAAAAGAAGUAUUGAAAUUAAAAACAGAACAAGAAAGAAAAAUCAGUAAAGUGAAGAUGGAAGCUGAAAAAAAAUUAGCCGACAAAUUUUGCGACCUUGAUAAAUUACUAUCUCAACAAAUGGAUCAACAAGGAAAAUUAGAAAUGCAAAGAGAAAAAAUUGAAAGCCAACUUAAGCAGGAAUUUGAGAAUACGAGACAAAGAUUUCAACUAGAAAUUGCAAAACUUCAAACAACACUAAAGACCAAAGAAAUGGAGGAACAAAUAUUAAGGGAGCGGUGUGAAAUUCUUUCACAAGAAAUUGAAAGAACACAAGAUAGUAAAUGGAAAACAUUGGUGGACAAAACUUAUGGAAUAAAUGAUUUACAAAAAAGUUCACCUGAUAUGUUAUCGAUGCACUGUAAAACUCCAGAGCCAAGUCCCACUUUUGAAAGACAAGAAUUAAAAGAUAUUUCUAGAUAUCAAUACAAUGUCCAAACACUUCGAAAUGAACUGGAUAAAGUAAUUACACAAAACAAGGAUGCUGCUCUAGAAGAUGACAAAUUGUUUGAUGAAUAAAAAUAACCAAUAUAGCUGUACUAUACAAGCUAUGCUGUCACUAUUGAAAUUGCAUUUAUCGUAUUUAUGUUACGUUUUGCGGCCUAUAUCAUUUUUAUAUGCGACCCCCUUAGCCCUUAACAAUAUUUUCUGUGAAAUUGAAAAUAUUUAGAAAAUUUGACAUGUGGUGGUCAUUCAUUUGUUGAUGUGGUAACCACCAUACACAUUUAUAUAGUUCAAUAUCACUUAAAAAUGAAUUUAUUGUAUAUUUUUUUUAUCAAUUAAAAUUAUUGUUUUAAAUAUGAAUACUGAAUAAUACAAUUGAACUCGGAAGUUUGGAACAUCUUUACAAACUCAAGUUUAAAAUAAUUAUGUUAUAUUAAUUAUAGUUUUAUUUAUAUACAAUUUAUUAAAUUAAUUUUAACUUUUAUUAUUAUUAUAAGUAUAUUUUUGUUCCUAUUAUAUAUAGGUAUUUAAAAGAUCUUCCACAUUUUUAAGUACGUUCCAGGGUGUGAUAUAUAUGUUCAGAACAAUAUCAUAGAAAUGAAAAGCAAUUAUAGUUGUUUAUAUCAUUUAUUUAAUUUAAAAAUAAUUGUUAUGUUUAUGUCUGCUUUCAGACUUCCGAGACUAAUUAAAAUGUGUUAUUGUUGUAUAAUCAAAUAUUAAUUAUCUAAUUACUAACUUAAAUCAAAAAACUUUUAAAAUAUUUGCUAAUAUUUGCUCGUGGAUUACUGAUAGACAUUGGUCUUUAAUAAUUUAAGUUCUUAAUCCUUAUUUGUAGAAAAAAACAUUAAAUACAUCAUUAUUUAUUUUUAAAAUCUAAAAACCAAGUUUUUAGUACAGCAGUCAGAAGUUAUCAUUGAUUAUUAAUACAUAUGUUAUUAAUUAAUGUUCACUCAUUGGGUAGAAACCUAUCUCAAAUAAUUCAAAAUUUAUAAUUUACUACCUACUCAUGUUUAUUGCCAAGCAAAAUGUUAUAUUUUCUAUUCCAAAAUUAUGUAAAACUAUUAUGAUGCAUUAACUUAGAAAUCACAGCAUAAAAGUUUCUUCCCCCCCUUCCCAAAAAAAAUUCACAAUGUAGGAAAAAACCCAUAAUCGUUUUAAUAUUUGUUUUUAAUUUACUUUUUGUUACACUAUGUUUAAGACAACUUAACAAAUUUUACAAAUUCAUAUACUUUUAUGAAAUUUAUACAACAAGCAACUAUAUAGGCUAUAUAGUACCCAACAAUAAGCAUUUUGUAAACUUUACUUUACUCAAACCAGUCAUUAUUUCAACCUUUUUAUUAAUAUUUAGAUGAUAAAAUUCAAUCACUAAAAAAUUAUAUACGUAUUUCAAUAUUUAAAAAUAAAUACUUGUAUACUAUAAUGACUAAUGUACACUUUGUAAUACAGUUGUUCAACAUCUGAAGUUCUAAAAAUUUUAGUUUUCAUCUUUUUUAUACUUUUUAAAUAUUUAUAUUUAACUAAUCAAUAAUGAAGAUGUCUGAUUAUAACUUCAAACAUAGGUGUUGACUAUUGACAAAUUAAGCUUUUAUUUGUAUGUGGUUAAGAAUGCUUAAAUAUUGCAUAUUUGUAAUUAUAAAAUAUUUUAGUACAGUACAGUUCUAUAUGGCACAUGACCAUGUAGGCUUUUUACUGGGAUGUAUUUUUUUUCUGUUAAAUUUUUUCUUGGGGUCUUUUAUUACUUACUACUGUUUAUGUGUUUACAUUUAAUUUUAGAAAUUACUAAUUUGAUAAGUUCCUUUUUAGAUGCAUAUUGAAAAAUUUAGCAUUGCAUCACAUACUGGAUCAUGUUUCAAUAAUUUUUAUCUAUUGAAUCUAUUGAUUAUAAUACCUUUACUAGAAUCAUUUACACUUUAACUACUUGUUUUUAUUGUGGAUUGAAGUAAUAUUAAAUUUUUUUAUUAAUUUAUGUA